AUGUUUCCUUUGGGCUGCAAAAGACUGCAAUUUCAACUAGUCCCAAAUUGGAGAAAUGUGGCAUGCUCGUCGAUCCAUUUGAGUUUUGUUUUGCAGAAUACAUCACUUUUUUCUAAAUCUUUCUCAUCGGUUGAAGUUGUGGCACGUGAUAGAGAAAAACAACAUUCAUUCACAGUGUCUUAUUUCAUAAACUCAUGUGGGUUGUCCCCAGAAAUUGCUGCUUCUUUAUCAAAGAAAGUAGCUUUUGAAACCCCAGAAAAGCCAGAUGCUGUACUUGGCUUUCUCAGGAAAAAUGGGUUUACCAAUGCGCACAUAUCCAAACUAGUUAAAAAAAAACCGAAAUUGCUUGUAGGCAGCGUUGAAGAAACUCUUUUACCCAAGCUUGAGUUUUUCCAUUCCUUGGGGAUUUUUAGUGCUGACCUUGCGAAUGUACUGUCCUCAAACCCUUCUAUUUUGUGUCAGAGCUUAGAGAAACAAAUUAUUCCUAACUACAAUUUCAUUAAGAGUUUGGUUUCCAACAAUGAAAAAAUUGUCAAUAUUUAUAAGCGGGUAAUUCGUUUGCAUGAUAUGCAAAAGAAAGUUGUUCCCAAUAUCUCUGCCUUGAAAGGAAUUGGAAUGACACAAUCAGGUAUUUCAACUUUGGUGACCUCAAAUCCUUGUGUAUUGUGAGGAAGUUCUAAAAAGUUAGAUAAAAGUAUCAAGAAGGUUAUCGAAAUGGGAUUCAAUCCUUCAACCAGUGCAUUUAUUGAUGCACUCGUAGCAGUUACGACCAUGACUGACAAUUCCUGGGAACAAAAACUGAAGGUUUACAGGUGUUGGGGUUGGUCUGAGAAUGACUUACGGUUAGCUUUUAGAAGCUAUCCCAGAUGUAUGACUCUGUCUGUGGAGAAUAUAAAUACCAAAAUGGACUUUUAUGUGAACAAGAUGGGUUGGCAACCUUCAGCAAUUGCUAGAACACCUAGGGCUUUAGCUUAUAGUUUGGAGAAGAGAAUCAUCCCGAGAUGCAGGGUUUUAUGGGUUUUGUUGUUGAACGACUUGAUUAAGAAAAAAUUCGGUUUGUCUUACGUGCUGAGUUCCUCUGAAAAGCGCUUCGCAGACAAUUUCUUGUCCAAGUAUCAGGAACAGGUUCCACAACUAUUUGAUAUAUAUCAAGGGAAAGUUGAUCUUUCAGAACUGGGCAUUGGAUUUUAUUCUCAUUGUUUAAUUGGACAAACUGAAAUGAAUGAAGUUGAUGAAAACACACAGGAGGAAUUGUGGCACAUGAUAGAGAAAAAACAACCCAAACAACAUUCAUUCACAGUGUCUUAUCUCAUAAACUCAUGUGGGUUGUCCCCAGAAGUUGCUGCUUCUUUAUCAAAGAAAGUAUCUUUUGAAACCCCAGAAAAGCCAGAUUCUGUACUUGGCCUUCUCAGAAAAAAUGGGUUCACCGAUGCCCACAUAUCCAAACUAGUUAAAAAAAAACCGAAAUUGCUUUCAGGCAGGGUUGAGAAAACUCUUUUACCCAAACUUGAGUUUUUCCAUUCUCUGGGGAUUUCUGGUACUGAAGUUGCGAAUAUACUUUCCUCAAACCCUGGUAUUUUGUGCCAGAGCUUAGAGAAACAAAGUAUCCCUAGCUAUAAUUUCCUCAAGAGUUUCGUUACCAACGAUGAAGAAAUUGUUAAUGUUCGGAAGCGAGCAACUUAUUUGCAUGAUGUGCAAAAGAAAGUUGUACCCAAUAUCUCUGCUUUGAACGGAAUUGGAGUGACACAAAAACUGAAGGUUUAUAGGAGUUGGGGUUGGUCUGAAAAUGACUUCCGGUUAGCUUUUAGAAGCUGUCCCAGAUGUAUGAUUCUGUCUGUGGAGAAUAUAAAUACCAAAAUGGACUUUUAUGUGAACAAGAUGGGUUGGCAACCUUCAGCAAUUGCUAGAACACCUUCGGUUUUAGCUUAUAGUUUGGAGAAGAGAAUCAUCCCGAGAUGCAGGGUUUUCAGGGUUUUGUCGUUGAAGGACUUGAUUAAGAAAAAAAUCAGUUUGUCUUAUGUGCUGAAUUCCUCUGAAAAGGUCUUCGCAGACAAUUUCUUGUCCAAGUAUCAGGAACAGGUUCCACAACUAUUUGAUAUAUAUCAAGGGAAAGUUGAUCUUUCAGAACUGGGCAUUGGAUUUUAGCAAAAACCUGAGACAAACCAACUGUAGCUUGUUAUUUGUUGGUUUUAUUUCUUUUUAUUGUUGCUUGUUAAUGUGAGUGCCUUUGGCCCUGAACCUAUUAAGCUCUGAAU